AGGCAGACUCCUAUAUGCGACGCAGGAUUUUUAGGAGUUACUAGAACACAGCAUGUGUACCAUGGGAUUGUAUAAAUCACCGCAGUGACUUUUCAAAUCUGAGCUGAGCUAUGCAGAAUCUGCACAUAUUUCUGUGGGAGGAGUUCAGUGACGUCACGGAGAGGCCCUCAAACAAUUUGUAUCUCCGCGAUUCUGUGCAGAGACGCGGUUAGUGCGGUCCGAACCAAGCAGCACACAAACAAUCAAGAGAAUAAACAAUUAGAGCUGAAAGUUGGUCCAGUGCAACAGAGAGUGGACUUGUUCAAUCAAUGCGAGAGGGUUCGGUUCCUGUGUGCCGCCAUGGCCAAGCCUGCAGAGAAGGCCUUUUACAGAUUCCUGGUGCUGUUCUUCAACUGUCUGCUCACCUUCGGGUCCUACUUCUGUUUCGACAUUCCCAGUGUCCUCCAGGAUCAGUUCCAGGGGAACUUGACCUGUGUGAAUUCGACCAUGACAAACAGCUCCGACUGUGUGGAGGGGCUGGGAAUGAGCCCCCAGGAGUACAACCUGCUCUACGCUGUCUAUGCAUGGACUAAUGCAGUGGUGGUGAUCCUGGCUGGAUUCCUCAUUGACAAGCUGGGCAAUCGCUUUGGUGUGUUCCUCUUCUCAUUCCUGACUGUUCUUGGAUCAGCAGUCUUUGCCCUGGGCUCACACUUCAAAGGGACCGCCUACCUGCUGCCCCUGAUGCUGACUGGCCGCCUGAUUUUUGGAUCUGGGAAUGGCUCUCUCACCAUUGUGCAAAACAGGAUCACGGCGUUCUGGUUCAAGGGGAAAGAGCUGGCCCUGGCAUUCGGCCUGGCCUUGGCUUUCUCUCGGCUGGGCAGCGUACUCAAUUUCUUCCUUACCCAGCGCGUAGAGGCGCACUUCGGGAUCCAGUGGACACUCUGGGGAGGUACCUUGCUGUGUGUGCUGGGCUUCCUGGCAGCCAUCACGGUCAGCGCUCUGGACAAGAUGGGCAUGAAACAGCUGGGGCUGGACGGGCUCAUACAGCAAGAGUCCAAGAAAGUGCGGAUUCAGGACCUUCGCUAUCUUCCUCUCCGCUACUGGCUCCUGGUCCUUACCAUCAUGUUCUUCUACAACGGAGUCUUUCCUUUUGUAGCCGAUGCCAGCAAGUUUAUCCAGGACAAGUACUCUGGAUAUAGCCAGAGGGAGGCAGCCUACAUUGCUGGUGCUGUGUAUGACAGCUCCCUGGUGCUGUCAGCCACGGUGGGGAUACUGAUUGACUCUGUGGGGCUGCGUGGUGUGUUUGCUGUUGGCUGUGCUGUCCUCACGCUGCCUGUGUUUGCCCUCCUUGCCUUCACCUUUGUGCCUCCUCUGGUUUCCACCCUCUGGCUCGGCGUCACCUACUCAUUUGCCGCAGCUAGUAUGUGGCCCUCUAUUCCUCUUGUGGUUCCCCAGGCCACUCUGGGGACAGCGAUGGGUCUAGCCACCUCCGUGCAGAUGAUCGGGAUCGGCCUGUGCAACCUCAUUGUGGGGCAGAUCCUGGGAACAGAGUCCAGUGCUGUGAAGAUCCCUCUGGAGCGAUGGCAGCAGGUGAUGCUCUUCAUGCUGGCCAACACUAUCGGCUGCAUCGUCUGCUCACUCAUUCUCAACUUUGAAGACAAGCGACAGGGUGGGACCCUCAAUAAUACCACAAAGCGCUCCCAGGAGACCCAGGAGGAACCCAACGAGCCUCCAGAGACAUCCCCGUUGCUGGGGGAGAAUGACCAUCGUGCCAUUAAUUAGCAAGCCUCAAAGUUGUUCUCUGUAGCAAGUUCACGGUUUUGGUUCAUAUAUCUACCAACAAAUUUGUGCAAUAAACUGCCAACUUUACUCUAUUGCACACGGUAGACAGAUGAACCAAACAAUGAACUUGCUAGCCACUGCCUGAGUGAACGAACUUAGCAGAGAAACAGUGUUCCACAAAGGACGGAUUUCAAUAAAGGGGUGCCCUGUAUACACCCAUCCACUAGUAAAGUAAGAGAACUGAGCUGAUUCUUGUCCAAGAAGCAACAUACCAUCAGGAACAGUAAGGCUACUUAACAUGAAUUAAGACUGUCCAAUUGGUUGGAAAGACGGUGCCUGUGCUUCAAUUCUGAACUCCCCUGUCACUAUUAAUGCAGGAUAUUCCACUGUAUACUUCAAUUCUGUACUCCCCUAUCUGUUAAUGCAGGAUAUUCCACUGUGUGCUUCAAUUCUGUACUCUCCUGUCUAUUAAAGUUUUUUACAAUUACUUUGACACAUUUUUUGAAAAAGUUUCAAAGUGAAAAACUCUUAACUCAAAACUCCAAACUACUCACUCCAGUAUCAAAGUCCCGUAAACAGUGCAAAAUUAAAGCCUUCGAGUAAAAUGUGAUUAAUACAUAAUGCAAAAGCAAUUCAUAGCACCAAAU